AUGCAACUAAAAGAAAAAGUCAAAAAGUUUAGAAAAGUAAUCGAAGGACUCAAUGAAGCACAGCGUCAAUCAGUUUUAUCUGAUGCCAAAAUGUUACAAGUCUUGGCCGGCCCAGGAUCUGGCAAAACAAGAGUGUUAACGUGUCGAGUAGCAUAUUAUGUUCUAAUCAAACGAAUACCACCACAGCAAAUCAUAGUUGUCACCUUUACAAAUAAAGCAGCCGAUGAAAUGAAACAACGUCUAUUCAAACUGAUCGGCGAAAAAGAAACCCAAUUACUCCUUAUUGGUACUUUCCACGCUAUUUGUUCUCGUCUUUUACGUCGAAAUCAUGCUAUUGUUGGUUUAGAUGCCAACUACACAAUUGCUGACACAGAUGCAAGUAGGGAUAUUAUGUCUGAAAUAUUGAAAGAUAAAGCUGUGGAAAUCGAUGAAUGGACGAGGUCAAACAUGACAGCAGGCGCUGUAUGUAGCAUCAUCAGUAAAGCAAAAAAUGAUGGAAUGACAGCCAGAGACUACUAUGAUGCCUACCGUGAUGAUUUUUCAAAGAAAAACAUUUCUGCCCUUUUUACAGCUUAUGAAGAGAAAUUGCACGAGCUUAAUCUUGUGGAUUUUGAUAAUUUGUUGUUGAAAGGCCGCGAAUUACUCACAAAGAGAAGGACAAUCUUAGCCAAUAUUAAGGCUGUUCUAGUGGAUGAAUAUCAAGACACCAAUGUUGUUCAGUAUGAUCUUGUCAAGCUGAUAACACGCCAAGAAAACACUAAAGAGAGAUUUGUUACAACUGUAGGAGAUCCCGAUCAAUCGAUAUUUGGUUGGCGUAGUGCGGAUCCUAAAAACUUCUUCAGAAUGCAAGAAGAUUUUGUAGAAACAAAGCAGAUCAAUAUGGAGCAAAAUUACCGUAGUACCAGCAUGAUACUGAAAUCUGCUUUACAUGUGAUCACUCAAGACAAAAAAAGAAUUGUAAAGUCUCUUUAUACCAACAAUCCGGAUGGCGUGCCUAUUGCACUUCUCGAGCCUGAAGACGAAGAGGAUCAAGUCAGAAUCAUAACAAAAGAAAUCAGAAAGAUCAUCAAGCUAUCCAAAGGCCUCAUUCAAUAUAAAGACAUCGCUAUCCUCAUGCGUAUGAAUUAUAUUUCUCGACAAUUUGAAACAACCUUUAGGAGAAAUAAAAUUCCAUUUUCGAUUGUGGGUGGUGAUAGAUUCUUUGACCGUAUCGAAGUGAAAGACAUUCUGUGCUAUCUACGUUUUGCAUACAAUCCGAAAGACCACUCAGCUUUUAAGAGAAUCAUCAAUGUUCCUCGACGAAAAAUCGGCGAAAAGUCAUUGGAAAAGCUUGUAGAAUUUAAAAAGAAAAAUGCCAGUGAUUUUCUCGAAGCUAUCCAUGAGAUAUGUUACGGCAGAUGCACAAAUAGUGGCAUUGCUGCUGCAAUGCGUAACAAACUAAAGGAAUUUGUUACUGUGAUCGAUUCCAUCAGAAAUAUGAUCAAUGAUCAAACUGAAAUCUCUGAAAUUCUUACAUAUAUCAUCAAAGCAAUCGAUUACGAAAAAUAUCUUGAAGAAAGCCAUCAUAAAGAUUUUCAAGCAAGAAUGGCCAAUAUUGGUGAAUUGAUAACACUUUCUAAGAAGAAUAUAAGUUUAGACGAUGAUGAAGAUUACGUCCCUAUGACUCAAAGCCAACGUUUUGGCAAUAAUACAAAUCAUGCUAACCUGGAAAAUCACAGCCAUGAUCCGCCUGAAUUUGAAAAUAUCACUGUAGUAGAAGCUGAGAGCAGUGAUGAAGAUUUAGAUAUUCCUGAUAUAGAUGACGCCGAAAUGGAAAUUGACCCAACAGCUUCCAAACAAGCAAAGAGUAAACCUGCAACAUCGAAUGUUAAAACGGAGAAGACGAGUGUCGGAGGAUCUGCAUCAGAUACAAAAUUGAAUGAUAACGACGAGAAAACACCUGCCCUGGAUUACAUUGCUGAAUUUUUAGAAUACUGCUCCUUAUGCUCCAAUCAAAAAGAAUUAGAAGCAGCAGAAGAGGGUAAAGUUACAAUUGCCACUAUGCACACAUCAAAAGGUCUCGAAUGGCCAGUGGUAUUUAUUGUAACCUGUGUCGAUGGUGUUAUCCCCUUAAACAACAAUGAAGAUGCAAACGAGGAAGGACGAUUGCUAUAUGUGGCUAUGACGCGUUCUAAAUUUUUCUUGUAUUGUCUCAGUCCUGUCAUACAGAAUCGGUGGGGUAAAAGAAUGACCGCUCAACCCUCCCGCUUCUUUGAAGGCAUGAACAACAAACUUUAUCGACGCUGCGUUCCUGACGUGAAUAACGAAAUCAGAAGAAUGUUGGCCGAAACCAUAGGAAGCCCUGUGCCUGAGGAUGAUGACAUUUUGGUUAGAAAAAGUACAGAGUCGCGAAAAAAAUAUAGGAGCUCAAGAUAUGUUGAAACAUCUUAUGACUUUGGAGCUGACGAGGAGAAGGAUGUCGAUGUCGACAACAUGAUGAGUGAUACAGACGAGGAGUACUUUGCAAAAUUUGAAGAAUUUGAAACUACUUAUAACACGAGUAGUCAAAACAGUAGCAGCCCUACAAGUUUAAUAGCAACAUUUGGGGGCUUUCAAUCUGCGUCGUCAUUAAAAAUAGGCCCAAAACCAGCACAUAAACCCAAGCAGGAAAAAUCAACGGGGAAAGCUCCAGCACAAAAGCAGACUCAUAACAAAAACCCACCCCAAAACAGAAGGAAGCCUGACACAGCACCACCAAAGCAGAAUGCACACAAUCCAAUUCAACUCAGCAACCUCGACAUUUUGUCAACUUCAUCGUCGACCCCCAAAUUAGACUACGGUAAUUACACGCUUUUCAUUCCCAAGAAAUGCACAAAACCACAGCCAACUGUUGAUACGAAGAAGAGAACCACGACUUUUGACAAUACUGUAUCCUUACCUAAGCGUAACAAAAAAGCUGACAAAAACUAG